AUGGCCGCAACUCCUGUUCCUGUCCCCAAGCCAGGCGAAGGCGAACCAAUCGUCUUUUUCGACAUAACAUUGGGCGGUGAACCACUUGGCCGUAUCAAAAUGCACCUUUUCGCCAACACGGUUCCCAAAACGGCAGAAAAUUUCCGACAAUUCUGUACGGGUGAACAUAAAGUUAGCGGUCGACCUCAAGGCUACAAAGGGAGUAAAUUCCAUCGUGUGAUCAAAUCCUUCAUGAUCCAAGGAGGCGAUUUUCUACACGCAGACGGUACAGGGUCAACGUCAAUCUACCAGAACAGUUCUUUUGCGGACGAGAAUUUCAGCCACAAACACACGCGCCCGGGUUUGCUGAGCAUGGCCAAUUCCGGACCCAACACGAACGGGUGUCAGUUCUUCAUCACGUGCGCUCCCACGCCGUUCCUCGACAACAAACACGUCGUCUUUGGACAGGUGGCCGACGAAGAGAGCAUGAACGUCGUGAGGAUGAUUGAGAACACGAGGACCGCGGGCCCCGGAGGGAGGGGACAAGGUGAGAGGCCGGUCUUGGACGUCAGGGUCAGUGAGUGUGGUGAGAUGUGA